AUGUCGUGGACGGCAGCACGGCAUCCGGGGCCAAACGAGGCCUUAGUCGAGGAUGAAGACGAUAAUGUCGAAGAAGAGGAUGAAGACGACGAGGUCCUUGCCGAGGAAGUGAAUAUUGAAUUUGAAGCUUAUUCCAUCUCAGAUAAUAAUUAUGACGGAAUUAAGAAAUUACUGCAGCAGCUUUUCCUAAAGGCUCCUGCGAACACUGCAGAACUAACAGAUCUCUUAAUUCAACAGAACCAUAUUGGAAGUGUGAUUAAGCAAACAAAUGUUUCAGAAGACAUCGAUGAUGAUGAUGAUGCAGAUGAAAAUGAAAUUUUUGGUUUUAUAAGCCUUUUAAAUUUAACUGAAAGAAAGGAUACCCAGUGUGCUGAACAAAUUAAAGAAUUGGUUCUAAGCUUCUGUGAGAAGAACUGUGAAAAGAGUGUGGUUGAACAGAUGGACAAGCUUUUAAAUGACACCACCAAGCCUGUGGGCUUUCUCCUAAGUGAAAGAUUCAUUAAUGUCCCUCCUCAGAUUGCUCUGCCCAUGCACCAACAGCUUCAGUAA